AUGGCGCGUAGACCGUGGCCGAGGCGCAACUGGCUACAAAAGACUCUGCAGAUCCUUUGCCUUCUGUUACUUUGCAUCUGGUUUUACGGGAUGCCCGGGGAUCCGCUGAACUUUGUCGACGAAGAAGCGAUGUGGGACAGCAUUUUCUCGCAGGACGCAGCUGUGGAGACGAUUCCACAAGUUCUUGCAACGUAUGAUUCCAGGAUUGGCGUCGUUCGUUCUCCUGCUCAGGCGCCAUUGUCGCUGCUGAUAAUGUCCUUGGUCGUUGUUCUCGGUGUCCCAUUUUUCGCUGAGAAUAUUGAUGUGCUGUUGCCACGAUGGCAAAGUGAUUAA